AAUAAAAUUCGGUCAAUUUGGUUGAGUUCUUGUUGCGAUUUGCGCUCAAGUUUAUUUUCAUAAGAGAGAUAUAAAUGGUUAUUAAAAAUGAAAUAUCACAGCUUGUGGCUUUUUGUUAUAUUUCUUUGUGCCUGUUACAAUAAUCAAUUCGUGCAGAGCACACAUGAUGAAGAUAGCUGGAUCGAACCCGAUGCUUGGAGGCGUGAAGAAUAUCUUCAAAAUCCACAACAGAGCAAAAAUAAAUAUCAAAGUGAUGAAUCCUGGGAAGACUCGAAAUGCCCCGUAUGUAAGAACGAUAACCAUAGUGAAGAAGACGUCGCACUGAUGUAUUAUAAAAGACUCAUUGCGUACUUAUUUAAUAGCGACUUUUUCAAGCAAGAUGACUUAACUGGAGAAUUCACUCGUUCAUUAAUAUUAACUGCUCUGCCAGCUCAGUUAGAACAGCUCAAAAACUUAAAUGACCCGCGCGAUUUGGAUAUGAUUUUAUCAAAAAUUCUGUUAAAUACAAGAGUGCCUAUUCAAAUGCAAGCAAAUGGUAAAAGUGUUUUUGCCCUUAUUUGGGAAAUCAUCAAGGAUUUGGGACAGUUAUUGAAAAUUUCCGAGGUUCAAUUUUUAUUAGGAGCUGCUGGUUUACUACUGAUUGGUUGGCAUUGUCAUCGAAAAUAUAGCAUCGGUAUUAUUGCAAUGAUUGUCGGAGCCGUUGUGUGCUUUGGAUAUUUCCACACGUAUUUGGAAUGUAAUCGCAAAUUGGAAGCUGAACGUUUAUUAGAAAUGCUUGCACGUCAUGAGCAGUUAGCAGCGCAAGAACCCCGAUGGUACACGCCCAUCGUAAACUUUUUUACUUUCAGCGAGCAACAGGCCCAAAAGACCAAAAAGGAAUAUAUCAAACAAGCCAGUCAACUAAAUUUGAACUUCUGUCGACCCGAUCAUGUGUUUCUUCUGUACGCCAAUGACUUGUUCUUAAAGCAACUAACAUUUCUAAUAGACAAAUCUAUUGAAACAAUGGAAACACUCCGAAACACUUUGAGCUUUCCAUUCAACUAUAUCGCCGGCGGAAUGCUAGUAUUCCUUAUAGGCUAUAUUGUAAAAUUGACAUUCAAGUAUAUCCUAAGUCCACGUGCUUGGUACGGCGUAUGGCAACAACAUGAGUAUGCAACGCAUCGCGGUGGCCUCCCUGCAAGCACAGGUACGGCACUUCAUGAAGAUCGUAUUUCUGGUGAAAAUUUAAGAAUACUUUUGAACGCCAUUAGCGGCGCGACGUCGUCAAACCAGAUUUCGAUCAGCAAUACAACCGCCACGGCGUCUUUAACACAAGCAAUCGAGCAGGGUUCAGGCGUGCAGGAAAUACUGGCGUCAUUAGAAAACGGUAGCGCUGAUACAGCCUCUGACUCUUCAAUGUCCGAGAAGUUAGCGAAAUCAAAGGAAAAUUCGCCACAGAAGCAAACAGAUGAAACCGUUAACAAUAAUGCAACAGCAAAGCAGCAGGAUGUGUCGAAGAGUGAUGAGAAAGCACAUGAGGUAAAGUUUGAAGACGUAUCGGAUAAGGAAGCGUAACGAGCGUAGUACUGCUAACAUUUAUUUUUAUAUUAUAAUAUCAUUUAUUUAUUUAUUUUAAUUUAUCACUUUUCCAUAGAAAUAGUAGCGCUGUGUGUGUACAAUGCAACGGGCGGUUCAGAUCCUCCCAGUUGAAAAGGUUGGUCACAUCCCUCAAUUGUGGCAAAUGUAUACUUUGAAUAAGCAAAAUAAAAAACGCAUACGCAUAUACAACAAA